CUGAACUCGACUGAUAUUGAUAAACUACUUUUAAUGUGUUUUUCUAUCUAAUCCUUCUAACUCUCUUGUAGGUGAUUUCAGUUCUCGCCAAUCAAAGUGCUCAACUUAGAAUAUUUACAUGGAGAGAAUUUCAAUUCUUGGUUUCAUUGUAGCCAUUCUCUAUUUCAUAACAAUGGAACUUGCAUGUAAUGGUUAUACCCAUAUCGGCAACAACAUUCAAUCUGAACAAGAGACUCUUAUUGACUUCAAAAGUGGUCUCAAAGAUCCCAACAACCGACUUUCAUCAUGGAAAGGAAGCAAUUAUUGCUACUGGCAAGGAAUUACUUGUGAAAAAGACACAGGAAUGGUCAUUUCCAUUGAUCUUCAUAACCCUUAUCCUCGUGAGAAUGUAUAUAAGAACUGGAGCUCUAUGAACUUGAGUGGAGAAAUUAGACCUUCAUUGACAAAACUCAAGUCUUUGAAAUAUCUAGAUUUGAGUUUCAACUCAUUCAAAGGCAUGCCAAUUCCUCAAUUCUUUGGGUCUUUGAAGAAUUUACUAUAUCUAAACUUAUCAGGUGCUGAGUUUAGUGGUACAAUUCCUUCAAAUUUUGGAAAUCUUUCUAAUUUGCAGUAUCUUGAUCUUUCUUCUGAAGAUUUAUCUAUUGGGAAUAUUGAAUGGAUGGCUAGUCUUGUUUCCUUGAAGUAUCUUGGUAUGGAUUAUGUUAACCUCUCAUCAGUAGGAAGUGAAUGGGUCGAGGUGCUAAACAAACUUCCAAUUUUAACAGAGCUGCAUCUAGAUGGUUGUAGCCUCUCUGGCUCAAUUCCAUCUCCAAGCUUUGCUAACUUUACUUCACUUCUUGUUAUAAGCAUCAACUCGAACCAAUUCAUUUCCAUGUUUCCGGAAUGGCUUCUAAAUGUUAGCAGCCUUGGAUCCAUUGAUAUAAGCUACAAUCAAUUACAUGGGAGGAUUCCACUUGGUCUUGGUGAGCUACCCAAUUUGCAGCACUUAGAUCUAUUUAGGAACUAUCUCGAAGGCAGUACCUCUCAAUUGUUGAGGAAGAGUUGGAAAAAGAUAGAAUUUCUCAAUUUGGGUGGAAACGAAUUACAUGGUCCAAUUCCAAGCUCUUUUGGAAACUUUUGCAACUUAAAAUAUUUGGAUUUCAGUGAGACUUACUUGAAUGGAAGUUUACCUGAGAUUAUCAAGGGAAUUGAAACCUGCAGUUCUAAAAGUCCUUUGCCUAAUUUGACGGAGUUAUACUUGUCUAACAAUCAAUUGAUGGGAACAUUGCCAAAUUGGUUGGGUGAGCUUAAAAAUCUUAAGAGCCUCGAUUUAUCAAUCAAUAGCCUUGAAGGUCCCAUCCCUACUUCUUUAUGGACAUUGCAACACCUGGAGUCCCUGUCUCUUGGAAUGAAUGAGCUAAAUGGAAGUUUCCCAGAUAGUAUUGGACAGCUUUCAAAAUUGCAAUCGUUGGAUGUUAGUUUCAAUCAUUUGAGUGGAAGUCUCCCAGAUAGUAUUGGACAGCUUUCAAAAUUGCAAUCGUUGGAUGUUAGUUCCAAUCAUUUGAGUGCAAGUCUCCCAGAUAGUAUUGGACAGCUUUCAGAAUUGCAAGUAUUGGAUGUUGAUUCCAAUCAAUUGAGUGGAAGUCUCUCUGAACAACACUUUUGGAAGCUAAGUAAGUUGGAGUAUCUAUACAUGCACUCCAAUUCUUUCCGUUUGAAUGUUAGUCCCAAUUGGGUUCCCCCUUUCCAGGUGAAAAGUCUUUGUAUGGGUUCAUGCCACUUGGGUCCUUCAUUUCCGGUUUGGCUUCAAUCUCAGAAGAACCUCGAGAGUCUUAAUUUCUCAAAUGCUAGCAUUUCAAGUCGUAUUCCAAAUUGGUUUUGGAAUAUUUCUUUUAAUCUGCAGUACUUAAAUCUUUCUCCCAAUCAGUUACAAGGUCAGUUACCAAAUUCAUUGAAUUUUUCUUCUCCUUUUUUCGCACAGAUCGAUUUCAGUUCCAACCUCUUUGAAGGACCUAUUCCUUUUUCAAUCAAAGGGGUGGAAUUUCUAGAUCUCUCCCAUAAUAAAUUUUCUGGCCUUAUCCCACUUAGCAGAGGUGAAUCCCUGUUAGACUUGAGUUACCUUCUUCUUUCUCAUAAUCAAAUAACAGGGCCCAUCCCAUCAAACAUAGGUGAAUCCAUGCCCAAUUUGUUUUUCCUUUCUCUUUCGAGUAAUCAAAUAACAGGGACCAUCCCGGAUUCCAUAGGACACAUCACCUCUCUUAAAGUCAUUGAUUUUUCAAGGAAUAAUUUGAUUGGAAGCAUUCCUUCUACCAUAAAUAAUUGCUCUAGCCUAGUUGUUUUAGACCUUGGAAAUAACAAUUUGUCUGGGAUGAUACCAAAGUCAUUAGGUCGGUUACAAUUGCUCCAAUCACUACACUUGAACGACAACAAGCUUUCAGGAGAGCUUCCCUCAUCUUUCCAAGAUUUAUCAAGUUUGGAACUCCUUGAUCUCAGUUAUAACGAAUUAUCGGGUAAGGUUCCAUCAUGGAUUGGAACUGCUUUCAUAAAUCUUGUAAUACUCAACUUGAGGUCGAAUGCAUUUUUUGGAAGACUUCCCGACCGACUUUCAAAUUUAAGCUCCCUACAUGUCUUAGACCUUGCACAGAACAAUUUGACUGGUAAAAUUCCAGUCACUUUAGUGGAGCUUAAAGCCAUGGCUCAGGAGCAUAACAUGGAUAUGUAUUCUUUUCAUCGUAAUGGGACUGUCUCUUGGUAUGAUGAAAGAUUGAUUGUGAGUACAAAAGGCCAAAGUCUUGAAUACACCAGGACUCUUUCUCUUGUUGUUAGCAUCGAUCUAUCUGACAAUAAUUUAAGUGGAGAGUUUCCCGAGGGAAUAACAAAAUUGUCUGGUUUGGUGUUUCUAAACUUGUCCAUGAAUCACAUCAUUGGCCAAAUUCCUGGAAGCAUUUCAAUGUUGCGUCAGUUGUCCUCUCUUGAUCUAUCAAGCAACAAGCUUUCUGGCACCAUUCCUUCAAGCAUGUCCUCGUUAACAUUCUUGGGUUAUUUGAAUCUAUCAAAUAAUAAUUUCUCUGGUAAGAUCCCCUUUACAGGGCAAAUGACAACUUUCACAGAGUUGGCCUUUACUGGAAACCCGAAUCUUUGUGGAACUCCACUAGUCACAAAAUGUCAGGAUGAAGAUCUAGAUAAAAGGCAAACUGUUCUUGAGGACAAAAUUGAUGGUGGCUAUAUUGAUCAGUGGUUUUACUUAAGCAUUGGCUUGGGAUUUGCGGUGGGCAUUUUAGUUCCUUAUUUUGUUUUGGCAAUAAGAAGAUCUUGGUGUGAUGCCUAUUUUGAUUUUGUGGACAAAAUUGUCAAGUGGCUACUGUUCAAAAGAAGAGUGACUUAUGCCAAAAAUCAUGCUCGAAGGCAAUAAAUUUUGUUUGUAGA